AUGCCCAACAUUGAAGAGCUGACAAAAAACAUAUUACCUUCGUCAACUGAACCUCCCCCAGAAGAAACAAAAAAAUCAAAGCCAACAGCUCGCCCAAUUAUGAGACCGAUUUCAGGGGGUAUCAUUGGUCAAGGUACACAUCUUCCAGCUCAUGACGAUGUUAAACCAGCGCAGAUUACUACUAGUUCUGCCACCUUCUAG